AUGGUUUCAACGCGGUUUAGUUUUUGGGUACUUGAUGUUAUCCGGGACCGUUUGUCGUUGGCAAAUAUUUGUGCUUUGCGGCUGUCCAGUAUUGGACAUUUGGUCGACAUGGCUGACUUACAAUUUCAGGGUCAACUGUAUAUUGCAAUGUGUCGCAUGCUUCGGAAUCCCUCAAAUCCAGGAUGCUUGACUUACAAUAUCGGUCAUAGUUUGGUAGACUUUGGUCCUGGUGAUCAUGCACUCGUUAGUGGGCUGAAAAUGACAGGUAGUAAGCAACUACCGGCUAGUUCUCAGUUUCAUGCCACUGUAUUUAAAGGUGUUAAAAAAUUGAGCUUCUCUGACAUACAAAAACGAUUUCUAAAGGAAUGUGAUAGAAGUCGCGGUAAUUCUGAAUUAUGCUUGAGGUUGGCUUUGUUGUGUAUUUUAUAUGGUGUGGUUAUGGCUAAGGAUAGAUCCACAAGGUGUUUAGACUUAGGUUACAUGCACCUGAUGGAUGAUAUGGAUAAGUUCAAUGAAUAUCGUUGGGGCCGUGUUACCUAUGAUGAACUUUUGUUGCGUACAUUUAGUGCAAAAGCUUGUAUCAAUGGUUAUGAAGGUAAAGAUUCAAAGCUUCGAAUAGAGGCUCGUGGUUUUGUUUUUGUUCUACAGGCAUGGGCUUAUGAGGUUAUUCCCGAACUUGCAUCAUUUUGUGCGAAAUCUUCCAUAUAA